AUGUCUGGUAGCAUUUAUCCUGCUACUACCUCCAAAAAUACGGCCCACUAUUGCAACCAUUGUAGCUAUAAAGUACAAGAUCAUACAUUUGCACUUACCACCAUAACUACGAUCCAAAUUACUAUCGCUGCCAUUGGAUUAUGGUUGCCAUGUCGAUUUGGUUUAUAUAUAUCCAGUCUCAAUUUUUAUGCCAAUACAUUUUGGGUUGCUGGGCCGACGCUAGCAUUUAGCAUUAUUAGCAGUAUCAUCAAUGCCAAUGAUAAACCUGACUCAAAUUGGGCAUGGUUUCACAUCAUUACUGGUACCGUGUGCUCAUUUUGUACAUUUGCAGGAUUAAUAACAUUAGGAUUCGCAUUUUUCGAUAUGGUUACAUUAAUUGGCCCAAACAGCAAUUUGAAGUGCUCUACCAACGUGGGUAGCUCGGGAUUAACGCAAGUAACGCUUCCUGCUCUUAUGGCAAAUGCAGGCCAAAUAAUAAUCUACAUUUACUAUGCUUUUGCGAUUAAAGAAAUUAUGGCCCCCAAUUUUAAGCAGGAGGCUACAUCGGUGGAUAUUUAG